AUGUGGGGCUCCCGGAGCCUGUGGGGCCCGGGGCUACAGCCCCUGCUAGCCACCUUGUUAAUCCGGCGCUGGUUCAAUUACGAUGUAACCCAGGACAGCUACCUGAUUACUCUCAUUACGUACGAUCUAUUCACAUUGAUGCUUUCCGUUUGCAACCGAUUCAGUUUAUGCACAAUAUUGGUUUUAUACCCUUACUUGACGAUUCAUAUGCGAGAAUUAGGAAUAAAUGUGGAGGAAACGGCUAUAAUGUCAGCUGUAUCACCAGCAGCAGCAAUCUUAAUGCCACCGUUAGCAGGCAUGAUUGCUGAUAAAAUAGGAAAUUUUAGGAUGCUACUAGCAACGUUUUCAGUAAUGGGCGGUGCUUCAGCUCUACUGCUACUACUAGUACCUGUCGGAAGAGUAACCCUUACAUUCCCUGAAAAGGUAGUACUAGGCGUUUCUUGCGAAGCAAAUACAUCACCUGUGCUAUCAUUAUACCAAGAAUAUCCAUGUGUACCUUUAAGUCGUGAUAAGUUAUUUAAUGCCGAUAUAAAAAUAGAAUCCUGUGGCUUCGCCUGUCAAUCUGUGCUCAAUGAAAAUUACACAAAUCAAAUAAUAGAAACCAAUUACUACAAGACGUUGAUAUAUGACUCUGAAAGCAAUACAACUCUAGACAAUAUUUUUUCGUUAGACGAAGCCGACAUACAUCAACCCGAACCCAUAUCAAAGUCGAGGAAUCAUAAAACUUUAAAAAACAACAUGAGAUACACUACGUCUAUUAGGAAGCUGUCAAAAAGUUCAUUUUAUUUUCCUUUCAAUUCUAUGUAUAAUUUUUCUUGUGGUGUUGAAAAUGAUACUAAUGUGAGUUGCAUUUUUGGAAGUCAGGAAAAACUGCAAGACUUCAAAAAAUUAAAAGAUCCCUUAAAUGUCGGAUUAACGUUACUGGAGAUGAACCAGAACGAUUAUGAAGAACAAAGGCAACUUUUUUCUGUACAGUACAUAGACAGUAAACACAGCAACAUUACAUGUAACAGAAACGAUUCAUUGAACAACAAACACGUAUCAGUGGUAAUACCUCUAACGUUAAGUGACACUAAAAUAAAACAGCUUGAUUUAAGCACCUGUUCUCCACGUUGUAUAGCCACGGCUCCCAGGAAACAAAUGUGUUCGAACAUGAAAACAGUAGUGGAAUUAGACAUGAGAGUAACCUUUUGGUCAUAUAUGUGUGUCCGUGUGUUUGUAAGUAUAGUCAGCGGUACGUCUUUCGCUAUGUUUGAAGGAGCAGUCAUAGCGAUCCUUAGGGAACACAAGGCUGACUAUGGACUGCAAAGGAUAUACGCUACUAUUGGCGGAAUGAUAAGUUCUCCAGUGUCGGGAUGGAUGAUAGAUUUUGCCAGUAAAGGAAAAGGAUACACAGAUUUUCGGCCGAUUUUCUUCUUGUACGCAGCAUUAAAAAUAGUGAGUGGCAUACUCAUGCUCUUCAUCAAUUUAGAAUUUAAGAAGGCAGCUUCAAGCGUAAUUAGUGAUGUUAUAUCGGUACUUAAAAAGUUGGAACUUAUAACCUUAUUUAUAUCCUGCUUAAUUUUAGGUUGCGCCUGGGGAUUCAUCGAGAGUUUCUUAUUCUGGCUUCUUGAAGACUUGGGUGGUUCAAAAUCUUUAAUGGGUCUAACCAUAACGGUAGGCGGUAUCGUCGGCAUACCGCUUUUAGUGCUAUCGGGCCCGCUCAUUAAAAAGUUGGGACAUGCCAAUGUGAUAUUCAUUGGUUUUAUAUUCUACGCCAUACGACUACUAGGGUAUUCGGUUAUAUACAACCCUUGGUUGUGCUUGAUAUUUGAAGCUAUGGAGUCCAUUACGUUUGGAUUGAGUUUUACAGCAGCAGUGACGUACGCAGCAAAAUUAUCAACUGUAACAACAGACACUAGUAUUCAGGGGAUGUUGGGAGGAUUGUAUUAUGGCGUUGGUAAAGGCGUAGGUAGCCUAAUCGGCGGAUACUCAAUAAAAUCUAUCGGUAUCCGCUCGACUUUCCAAGCUUUUUCCUUGAUGACAGCCAUUACAGGACUAAUUUAUUUUGCAUUCUACCACAUCUAUUUGAAGAAAAACCCUUCGCAAGGCACAGAUAUUACUAAAAAGGACGUAGAGACGGACAAGUCGGCACAAAUGGAGAAAACCGAAAUUGCCGACAUACAAGCAGACUUGCCUGUGGUGUAUGAAGAUGCAUUGUGUAAUCCCGCUUAUGAAACGACAGAAGUUGAAGAUGAAGAGGAUGAGAACGAAGAAACAGAUAAGAAACCUCGAAAUCAAAACGGUGAAAUUUAAUUUAGUUUAAUAUAGUUACUGUUAAUAAGUACAGUAUUAAUUUUCUUAGAUAUAUAAAUGUGUAAGUUCCUUUUUUAACCUCAAAUGGUGCUAAGCUAAAAUGUAUAUUGUAAAAACUCUACAA